UUUGAUGAAAAGGUAACAACAACAAAAAUAUCCUUUUCUACAAAUUUAAAACAUGUAAAAUGUCUAUUUCCGCACAAAAUACUGAUCAAUGUCGCGUUUGUCUUUGUACAACAACAGAGCUUACUUCAAUACUUGAUAAAACGUUGCAAGAAGUUUAUUUUAUUCUCUCAACUAUUCAGGUUUCUGAAGACGAUAAAAUAUCAACUAAAGUGUGUCUUCAUUGUGCUAAAAAGUUAGAGGAUGUAAAUUCGUUCAGAGAUUUGUGUAUCAAAUCACAUCGAAUUUUGUUAGAGAGCUCAAAAGCAAAUGAAAUUUACACAGUAGUAUCGUGUUUUGAAGAAAAUCUACAAGAAAUUGAAGAAUCUACACGAAUAAAAAAAAAUCUUUUGAAAUGUCCUCAUGAAAAUUGUACACAAGUAUUUUUGAAGCAAGCUCGAUUAGAUAGCCAUUUGAGAAAUCAUGAAGGCGAAAAACCUGAAAUUUGUCAGGAAUGCGGAAAGUCUUUCAAUAGUUAUAAAAACCUAAAACGACAUUUGGAAACGCACUCUGAAAUAAAACGCUUCAAAUGCCAAUAUUGCGAGAAAACAUUUCGUACAUCGCAUAAUCUGAAAGUACACGAAAACGGAGUUCAUACAAAGGAGAACAAAUUCGUUUGUCAUAUUUGUGGCUUGAGUUUUGUGAAUGCAACGGGAUUGAUUGUGCAUCAGAAACGACAUACAGAUGAGAAAAAAUAUCAAUGCAACGAAUGUCCUCGCAUGUACAAAUCAAGAUCCGAGUUGAAAGAUCAUUUGAUUCGUCACAGAGGAAUUCGAGAUGUUAUUUGUCCCAUUUGUCAAGCAACUUUCCUCGUUAAGAAAGAUUUGAAACUGCAUCAAAGACAAGUUCAUGAUCCACGAAGAGACUUUCAAUGCAACGAAUGUGACAAAAAAUACAAGAAAAAAUGGCAAUUAGAAACGCACUUGAGAACUCAUACAAACGAGAGAAUUUUUGCAUGCUCGUACUGUGAUAAAGCCUUUUUCAAGAAAUUUACAUUAAAAAAACAUACUUUUUCUCACACAGGAGAACGCCCUUUCAAAUGUACAAAAUGCCCAAAAGCUUAUACAGAAAUUUUCAUUUUGAAAAGGCAUAUGAGACAACAACAUUCAGAAUGAUAUCUAAAAUUAUUUAAAAAGUAAAUUAAAGAAAUAAAUGAGCGAAAUUUUAAACGUAUUUUUGCUUCGAAAA